AUGGAUACGCAUACGCCAGCGCCCAGCCCCAAAUCAUCCAGGGGCCGCCGGGGACGACAACAAAAUCACCGAGAACGACGACGUGUCGAGAUGGAGCUCGAACUCGAAGCCAUGCGCAAACACGACUUCUCGUGGCAUCCUUGCAGUGUCUCGCUUCGCUCCAGUGGAAUUGGUCUCAUUGUGGAAUACGGGACCAAUGUCUCUGACGAUUGUAUCGGAACUAAAGAAGAAGCGCUUUCUCGUCUUCGCAUUCGAUCUACUCCCUUACAUGGAGAUGAAUGCUCUCUCCUGCGAGAAGGAGAUCGUGUUCUUGCCACCAGGAAGUCACCACCUAAGAGCCUCUUCUUUGAUGCUCAAGUAGAAAAGACUGCAAACUGCUUAAUCGUCCUUGCUAUGCAGCCACUACGUGUAAGACACUCAAAGAAGAUCCAUUGCAGAUGUAUGUUUGUGGUCAGAUGGAUCCACCAUGGACGUGAAGGAGAAACUGCAACAAUUCCGUCUUCUGCAAUCAUGAAAAUGUCUACCGAAUGCAUCACUCUUCAUCCUACAAUUGUUGCUUUCUUUAGUAGUCUGACAACACCAAAUCACUGCACUAUUUCACCAUUACCUACUGUACUCAAGGGCAUGGACUACGAAAGAGAUGUUCUUCAACUAGAAAAGCAAAUAGAAGAUAUAAGUAAUGCAGCUGAUUCUUCAGGAAUUAAAGUUUCAGAAAACCUUAUUGACGCUAUUUUUGCAGUCGAUUUCAAGGGCCAAGCUCAAUGCAAAGCAAUUUCUGAAUUGAAUGCAAGUGAUUCAAGCAUCCAGCUGCCUUCUUUUAUGAAUCACAUGAAGGAGAUCAAUGACAAAGGCUCAUCACCUGCUCAAGAGUUUGAUGCAUCUAGGACUCCUCUCAAUCCAAAUCCGAUUGCUGGAUGCGCUGCUCUUGCAUCAUUGAUGUCAAAAUGUUCUCAAGAUGGUAAAACUGCUACAUUAGUCCCAAAAUACGAGAACAUUGUAAAGACACUCUUUCCAUCCAAGGAAGCCACCAGGGAACCUAAAAUUGUUGAUGCAUCAACUGAAGAAAUGAAACAAGAGAGCAAAAAUGAGGAAUGCCGCCCACAGACUGUUGAUUCCGUUGCCAAUGUUUCCACAAAGAAGAACCUGGAUGUGGCUGCUGGAAGUACACUUUCUUGCUCAGCAAAACAGAGAAGCUCCGAGGCUUCUUGUAAAAAUGUUGAUAUGGCCUUUAUUGCUGGGGAAAAACCGAUGCCUUCAAUGAACACAAGAAGGUUCACUCGUUCAGCAGUUCGUAAAGCAGAGGAAAAAGUUGUUGCUGAGGCUAAUAAUGUGAUUAAAGAAAAUCCAUCAUUAGUACGGGGAAGUGCUUUGGCACAAGAUCAGAAAACUGUUGUUUCUCCUAUUGAUGCUGAGACUGCCUCAACCAUUACUCACAAAUUUACGGAUCCAGAAACCAACACGGGGAUCUAUAAAAGUAACCAUUCUGUGAAGAAAAGCUGUGCUGCAGGAAUGCUGACUUUAAACAACUCCAGAAGAUUGACACGCUCUGCAGUUCGUGAAAAGACUGAAAACAAUAGUGUGGAAUCUCACAAAACAUUUGAGGAAAGCAGGUUAUCUGAUUAUGCCAAAACAGAUAUCCAUAAUGGUGAUAACGUCUCAGAGAGCAAUGCAUCAGAGGCAGAAAAUGCAAUCCCUACAACCCUUCAAAAUGGGAUUUCUUCUACUCAUGACAGGGAAAGAUGUAGGCAACUGCAAAAGUCAUCUCUUGUGAGGACCAAACAAGACAUCGAAGGUGAUGUCGCCAGCAAUGAUAGACGCAGUCACGGUGUUAAGAGAAAGCCAGUUGCUCCGAAGAAGCAAGAGCUACGUUUUUCCCCACGCCUCAGAUAUCUUCCUCGAACUCGUUCCCAGAACCAAGUCCUGAGCUCGCAAGGAAAGAAGCCCUUGUAAAGGUAUUAGCAUGCGAAAGAUACUAGGGGAAUGAAGCUGUAACUCGAGAGUUGGUAGGAUUUCAUACAUAUUUGCAAUGUGCAGACUCUCUCAGUCCAUUAUAAGUGCAGUCCCUCAGCUGUUUCGUGGAGGUAUUUUUAUGAUUUUUUCCUUCUAUUUUGUGUUGGGUAAAAUUCUAGUUGCCUAUCUUUGAGGAUAGGCUCAAACAAUCUUCUCAAUAUGAUCAGACCCCCUUGUUUGUU